AUUUCGCGCAGUGACCAACAGCUCCCAAGUCAUGUCGAAGAAUAAGAGCAGCGAGUCGGUGAAGGUGGUGGUGCGCUGCCGGCCGCUGAGCCGGAAGGAGGAGGCGCUGGGGUCCGGGGGGGGCAUCGUGGAGAUGGACCUGCGGCUGGGACAGGUGGUCCUGCGGAACCCCCGCGCGCCACCCGGCGAACCCCGGAAGUCGUUCACGUUCGACGCGGUGUACGACGGCGGCUCCACGCAGCGAGACCUGUACGACGAGACCGUGCGCCCGCUGAUAGAGUCGGUGCUCGCGGGCUUCAACGGCACCAUCUUCGCGUACGGGCAGACCGGCACGGGGAAGACGUACAGCAUGCAGGGGGCGUGGCGGGACCCGGAACAACGGGGCGUGAUCCCCAAUGCCUUCGAUCACAUCUUCACACACAUCUCCCGCUCUCAGUCUGAUAAACAGUACCUGGUCAGGGCCUCCUACCUGGAGAUCUACAGGGAGGAGAUCAGAGAUCUCCUGAAUCCUAACCACGCCAACGCGAGAGCUCUGGACCUCCGAGAGAGCCCGGACACCGGGGUGUAUGUGCGGGACCUCACCUCCUGUGUGUGUAAAAGCGUGAAGGAGAUUGAGGAGCUCAUGAAUGUGGGUAAUCAGGCACGGGCAGUUGGGUCAACUGAUAUGAAUGAACACUCGUCCCGAUCCCACGCCCUCUUCCUGAUCACAGUGGAGUGCAGCCAACCCGGGCCGGACGGACGAAAACACAUUCGGGUCGGUCGUCUCAACCUCGUAGACCUAGCGGGUAGUGAACGGCAGACUAAGACAGGCGUCCGGGGAGAGCGUCUGAAGGAGGCCGCAAAGAUCAACUUGUCUCUGUCUGCACUGGGUAACGUGAUCUCUGCCCUGGCGGACGGACGCAGUGGCCAUGUGCCCUACCGGGACUCCAAGCUCACCCGGCUGUUGCAGGACUCACUGGGGGGGAACGCCAAGACUGUCAUGGUUGCCACGCUAGGCCCUGCCCCACAGCACUUUGACGAGACGCUCACUACUCUCCGUUAUGCCAACCGGGCCAAGAACAUCCAGAACCAGCCCAGAGUCAACGAGGACCCCAAGGAUGCCUUGCUUCGUGAGUUCCAGCAGGAGAUAGCACGGCUCAGGGCCCAGCUCAACCACAGGAAGGAGAGGAGCAAGCACAGGAAGGAGGAAGCCGACAGCGAGGGCUGGGAAAGAGAUGGGGAUGAAGACAUGGAGGGAGACGAUGAGGUGGAGAAGGAGGCGCAGGAAUAUGUGAAGCAGGAGCAGCAGCGGUUGGAGAGAGAGAAGGAGGCCAUCAGGGAGGACCGCUCUCUGUUGGCUGAAGAGAAGCAGAGACUUUUAGGGGAGAAGGAGAGGAUGAUGGGGGACCUGAGGAAGGAGCAAGAAGCUACAGAGCAGCUGACUGCCAAGUACAAGUGGGGCAACAACAACUGAUCCAUCAGAGAUGAGGAAGUUGGCCAUAGAC